AUGUUCACCUUCACUCCCUUGCUCGGAGCGCAGAGCAGUUCUCGAGCAUCUCAGUCGCUCCUCGAACUUGAUGGCGGCGUAAAGGUCCUUGUCGAUGUGGGCUGGGACGAAAGAUUUGAUACUCGUCAGCUAGCAGAAAUCGAGAAGCAUACUUCAACCAUCUCAUUUAUCCUUCUCACCCACGCUACAACUUCCCACCUUGGUGCCUACGCACACUGCUGCAAGCACAUUCCACAUUUCUCUCAGAUUGCUGUCUUCGCGACUUCACCUGUGAUCGCCUUCGGUAGAACGCUAUUACAGGACCUCUACGCCUCGACUCCGCUCGCUGCGACCUUUAUACCUAGCUCCGCGUCUCCCGAAGAUGAUACAGCAGCCACCGACCAGCAAAGAUCAGACAUUCUCAGACAGGCUCCCACUGUCGAGGAGAUCAACAAAUACUUCACCGCCAUUACACCUCUCAAAUACUCUCAACCGCAUCAGCCUGCGCCAUCUCAAUUCUCCGUGCCUCUCGAGGGCCUUACCUUGACUGCGUACAAUUCUGGACACACACUUGGUGGAACAAUAUGGCAUAUCCAGCAUGGCAUGGAAUCCAUCGUCUAUGCGGUUGACUGGAAUCAAGCAAGAGAAAAUGUCAUCGCUGGUGCUGCCUGGUUUGGUGGCGUUGGUGGCUCGGAAGUCAUUGAACAGCUGAGACGGCCAACAGCACUGGUCUGCAGCAGUAUCGGCGGCAACAAAAUCGCGUCUUACGGAAGGAAGGCAAGAGACGAAGCUUUACUAGGUCAUAUCCGCAGCUGUCUCUCCAAGGGGGGUUCCGUGCUUAUUCCAACCGAUUCCAGCGCCAGAAUCCUUGAGCUUGCAUGGAUUCUGGAGAAAGCCUGGCAUGAUGGGGCCAAAGAUUCUCCAUUGAAGAGCGCAAGAGUCUACAUGGCCAGCAAAUCCGCAAACGCGACGCUUCGCCAUGCUCGAAGUUUGCUCGAAUGGAUGGAUGAUAGUAUUGUCAGGGAAUUUGAAGGCGAGGAAGAGACUGCCACGAAAACGCAUCGACGAAGUGGCAGCAAGCAGGCCAAUGGUGUUACGAAGGCCUCGAGACCAUUCGAAUUUCGACAUAUCAAAGUGGUGGAGCGCAAAGCCCAGCUGGAUCGGUGUCUCGAUGGCGAAGGCCCUCGAGUCGUGCUCGCCAGCGAUCUCACGCUUGACUGGGGCUACUCAAAGUCGUUCCUGGAGCACUUCUCCCAGAAAACAUCCAACCUUAUCUUGCUGACCGAAAGGGUUGCACAAGGCCCAGACGCGAAGAGUGCGGGUACAGAGAUGUGGAAGGCAUUUGAAGAGAGACAGGAUGGCGUUGCUGUUGAGACAGUAGCGGAUGCUCAGCUCGAGCAAGUCCAUGGCGGUGGACGGACCAUGCAGGUGCAAAUUGUUGACAAGGCUCCCCUGGACGAGAAGGAGACGCAGCAGUAUCAACAGUUCCUGGCGACGCAACGACAAAUGGAAGAUACGCUUGCUGGAGAUGCGGCUGGUGACGUUGUUGACGACAACAUUGAUGACGAAUCCAGUUCAUCGUCUGAAGACGAAUCUGACACUGAACAGCAGGGUCGAGCCCUCAAUGUGACUAACGCGCUGGGCCACAAUAAAACAAAACUUGCACUCAGCGACGAAGAUCUCGGCGUCAAUGUGCUUAUUCGAAAGAAAAAUGUAUUCGACUUUGAUGUCCGCCACAAAAAGGGUAGAAACGCUGUGUUUCCUUACACGCAUUCGCGAAGGCGUGGCGAUGAAUUCGGCGAUUUCAUCAAACCCGAAGAUUUCUUGCGAGAAGAGGAGAAAGAAGAUCAGGAAGCGGCCGCUCAAAAUGCUGGUGACAUCGGACAGAAAAGAAAGUGGGACGACAAGCAAAAGAGCGAGGCUCCACGCAAGCGAAGACAGGGCAACCAAGGGCAGAAAGUCGACGUUGCGGAUGAUGACUCCUCGGAUGAAUCUGAUGAGUCCGAGACCGAAGAAGUCGAAUCUCAUGGCCUCGAUGGGCCUGCUAAGGCUGUGGUAACGACCCAGACUCUUGCUCUGAAUUGUCGACUAGCCUUUGUCGACUUUGCCGGUCUACAUGAUCAGCGUAGCUUACAGAUGCUGAUCCCACUGAUUGGGCCCAAGAAGCUGAUUCUGACGGGUGGCACGACUGAGGAAACUCUUGCUCUUGCUUCUGACUGCCAGGAGCUGCUUGGUGUGAAACUCGCCGGAGAAGAUGAGUCAUCUUCAGAAAUCUUCACGCCUGCUCAGGGUCAAACGAUCGAUGCAAGCGUUGACACCAAUGCCUGGGCUGUCAAGUUGACCAGGAAUCUUGUGAGAAGAUUGCACUGGCAAGCUGUCAAGGACAUCGGUGUCGUCACGCUACAGGGUCAAUUGAGAGCAGAGAUGGAAACCCUGAAUAUCGAGGAUGACCCAAAAUCGAAGAAACAGAAAUUAGACACCGAGGUAUCUGUCGCAGGGACGUCGCCUGUCAGCAACACUCUGCCUGUGCUAGACACACUCCCACCUGCCCUGGCAGCUGCCACUCGCUCGGUUACGCAACCCAUCCAUGUGGGCGAUAUGCGUCUUGCAGAACUUCGAAGACUGAUGAACAUGGCCGGUCAUACUGCCGAGUUUCGAGGCGAAGGCACUUUACUGGUGGAUGGCAUCAUCGCAGUAAGGAAAUUGGGUUCUGGCAAGAUCAUUGUGGAGGGAGCUCCCGUCCACAGCCUGGCGCGUGAUAGUGACAGUUUCACACAGGUGAAGCAGCGCAUAUAUGAGCGUUUGGCUGUUGUGGCUGCUGGGUAA